AUGAGGCUUUCGAUAUCUUGUGGUGCAUGUCGGCGGGCAAAAGUCAAGUGUGUUCACGAGGGCAGCCCUCCUUGUCAGCGCUGUCACAGAAACAAGAGUGAUGACUGCGUUCUGACAGACCCUCGAGCCUUGAAACCAACAGGCAAAGAAACAGGCACAGGCACUCAACGAGGUGCCAGACCUAGAGCAGGACAGAAGCGACGAGCAACCACUGCACUGGGUCCAGAUAUACGCCUUGAGCAAAGUCCUCGUUCAGUCCUUUCGCGUACAGUGUCAGAGAACCUCGAGAACCCCAUAUCAGCUUUACCACCAUCGAUCGUUAUCACCGCCGUGGAAACUUAUCGGAAGAAGUUUCCCAUCACUAACUUUCUACAUUACCCCUCUUUAAUCUCUGAUGUCUCGUCCAACUUCCAGUCUAUUGAUCCGGUUUUUGUCGCAUCCUUGCUCUCUCUGUGCGUGCGCUUCAUGAGUGGAGAUGGGCUCGCGGAUGAAGAGACCUAUGCUGGCUAUGCACGAAAACAUCUCGCUCAUCGCGUCAUGGAGGCUCCUUCCCUUUAUCUUGCCCAGUCUCUAGUGAUGAUCUCUUUCUACGAAUGGGGGACUGGUCGGCCCUAUCAAGCAUGGAUGUAUAGCGGCAUGGCUACAUAUAUGAUUCAAUCACUGCUCAAAAUGUCCGAUGACAGCAUGGAACAUAGUCCACACGAAUUCCAUGCGUCUCAAACUCAGUACGAACAGCUUGUUCGUACCUACUGGUGUUGUUUUGCGCAAGACUGUGAGCUGAGCUCUGGUGCACGACAACAUUUUGCGUUGUCAUUUUCUCAAAUCUCCGUCCCGCUUCCUAUCAGCGACCGGGAUUUUAAUUUCAACCAUACGCCGGAGAGAAGGUUGAUGCCUGCUGAUAUGAACAGGCAAUGUUCGCUAGCGAGAAAUCUGACCAUCGAGCAUGGCCUCACCAUAGUAACGCGCGGAUUUGAUAUCUUCGUGCGGAUAUUGAGGUUUGCUAAUGAACACCGUCGCUCCUUGGCAUCUUUGGAAUCGGAGGACUCUACAUCGCCUCUUCUCCAGACUUGGCAAAGACUCAAGGGCGAGUUGGAUGAAUGGAGGUCUCUUCAAGAUAUGACUGUUCGAUAUCCCGCGACUAGCGCGCAGGCUCAUGUGGCCCUCGGGUAUGGAGAGCUUUUCGCCUACAUCAACCUGAUAUAUUUCAUGAGCAUAUUGUUUCUUCACCGUGAUCGCUUCCUAUCGAAUCUCAAACCUCAUUCCGACGUUUUCCAUGACAUGAAUGAUGACGACCACCAAGAGCCUGGCACAAUCAAAGAGUUGUUCGCGGCCGUGCAGAACAUCAGCGGGGUUUUAUCAGCUCUAGAAGCAUCCGAAGCCCCAGUGAUGACCCCCUACUCAGGAUUCAGUGUCUUUGUAGCCGCACACAUUAACAUGUACGGGACCAUCGCUCCAAUGCGAUACCCUGGUGGAAUUGAGCGAGCAGAAGAGGAAAAGAGCAAGAAUCUAAUCUACCUUGAGCGGCUAAGCCGAUUGUGGCCCGUUGCUCGAAGCUGGUGGCGCACUGUCCAAGAAGCAAAUCGAUUCUAUGAAACAGUCAAGAGUACACAAACACAUACUGAAAGUGGUCUGCACAGUCCCCAACGGUUUGCACUGGCGGGUCGAUUGGAUGAAUAUGGUGAUAUUCGCUCCCGACCACGCGAGAUGCAUAUGGCUAGGUCUAUGACUGCGGAGCCUGGCGAUGCCGACACGCAUCAUUCCCAUGGCCAUCUUUUAUCAUCGACCCCGGAGAGUGAAGCUACAUUCAUGUCACGAGAACAGGCCGGACUCCAUGACGUCGAAACCGACAUGUUUCAGUGGCCGUUCAUCGACGCAUCAUGGUCUGCUGGCUUUGACGCCGGGCUAGACGGGCUGUGGCAUCACUCAGGAUUAUUCGAUUCAAACCCUCCCUUCAGGUAG